AUGGGUCUUGAGAUAGAACAAACUUAUGUUCAGCUUUCAAAUAUUGCACUUUCUGAUACUCAUGGAGAAAACUCCCCUUAUUUUGCUGGAUGGAAAGCCUAUGAUGAAAACCCUUAUCAUGAGUUUACCAACUCUUCUGGUGUUAUACAAAUGGGAUUGGCUGAGAAUCAAGUUUCGUUCGAUUUGGUAGAAAAAUACUUGAAAGAUCACCCUGAGGAUUAUAAAGGUUUUAGAGAGAAUGCAUUAUUUCAAGACUAUCAUGGUCUUAUAUCCUUCAGAACUGCAAUGGCAACCUUCAUGGAACAAAUAAGAGGCGGUAGAGCCAUAUUUGAUCCACAAAGAAUUGUCAUUACUGCUGGUGCAACUGCUGCCAAUGAGCUCUUAACCUUCAUUCUUGCUAACCCCGGCGAUGCUUUGCUUGUUCCAACACCUUACUAUCCAGGGUUUGAUAGAGAUUUAAGGUGGAGAACUGGUGUAAACAUAGUGCCAAUUCACUGCAACAGGUCUAACAAUUUCCAAAUUACACCACAUGCUUUAGAAGCUGCUUACGAAGAAGCUGAAUCAAUGAACAUGAAAGUGAGUGGAGUGUUAAUCACAAACCCUUCAAACCCAUUAGGUGUAACCAUUCAACGUUCAGUUCUAGAAGAGAUUCUUGACUUUGUGACAAAAAAGAAUAUCCAUCUCAUCUCCGACGAAAUCUACUCAGGCUCAGUCUUCUCUUCCACCGAGUUCGUAAGCGUAGCAGAAAUUCUCGAAGCUCGUAGCUACAAAGGUGCCGAAAGAGUUCAUAUUGUUUAUAGUCUUUCAAAAGAUCUUGGUCUACCCGGUUUCAGAGUUGGAACAGUUUAUUCAUACAAUGAUAAGGUUGUAACAACAGCUAGAAGAAUGUCGAGUUUUACCUUAAUAUCCUCACAAACACAACAGUUUUUGGCUAAUAUGUUAUCAGACAAGGAGUUUACAGAAAAGUACAUUAAUAUUAAUAGAGAGAGAUUGAAGAAGAGAUAUGAAAUGAUAGUAGAAGGUUUGAAAAGUGUUGGAAUAGAGUGUUUGAAAGGGAAUGCAGGGUUGUUUUGUUGGAUGAAUAUGAGUGGACUGUUGAAGGAGACAAGUAAGGAAGGUGAAUUAGAACUUUGGAAUGAGAUAUUGAAAGAAGUGAGAUUGAAUAUAUCACCAGGGUGUUCUUGUCAUUGUUCAGAAGCAGGUUGGUUCAGAGUGUGUUUUGCAAAUAUGAGUGAACAAACUCUGGAAAUUGCAUUGGACAGAAUACGUAAAUUCAUGCUAAAGCAAGCUACUAUGAACUUGAAUGGUGUUUUUGCAAGUGUGGGUGGGGACAUGAUGGAAAAGUAUAAUAGAUAUUGGGGGUGUGCUAGUAAGAUGAACAAGUUGAUUUAUUUUGGAAUUAUUUUGGAUCCAAGAUACAAGUUGAGUUAUAUUGAGUGGACUUUUAAGGAUAUGUAUGGAGUUGGAUCUGUGUUUGCUACCGGGUUGAUCAAAUCUAUAAAAGAGAGCUUACAAAAAUUGUAUGAUUGGUAUAAGCAAGCUUAUGACCAAAAUCAUAAUAGACAACCUCUUGGUAGUGGUGAAAACAAUGUUUCUAAUGAUGAAACAGUAGUUGGUCAUCCUUCAAUGAUGGCUAGAGCCGAUGCUUUUGAGCAAUAUUUAGAGGAACAAGACUCGAUUGAUCAACAAAAUGAGCUUGAGGGUUUUUACUCUAGUAAGUGUGUCAAAAGGGAUCCUAAAUUUGACCUUCUCGUGUGGUGGAAACAUAAUUCAACACAAUAUCCUAUUUUAUCUACAAUAGCUAAAGAUAUUUUUGCCACACCAGUGCCUACGGUUGCAUCAGAAAGUGCCUUCAGUACAGAAGGGGGAGUCUUAGAAACUUAUAGGAGCUCCCUAAAACCUGAAAUGGCAGAGGCAUUAAUUUGCACCCAGAAUUGGUUAAAUUCGUCUUUUACCUAUUUCAAAGACUUGAACCUCAUGGAAGAUUUUGAGUUUUCUGAAGAUAUUAUAGCAGAAUUUGAAGAAAUUUCUUCAGCAGCAAGAAGAGGAUCUUUACCGUCUCAGCCACAACCUUCUGGUUGUGCUUGA